GAUUUGACAUUUUGUUUUGGCGCGAUUUAGACGUUUUUAUAUAUUAUAAUUUGGCUGUACUUCGUUGACUGCUUGGUUGGAAACAGAAAAACGAGAAGAGAAAGAGUUGAAUUUUGCAAUUGAAUUUUGUUUGUUAUUAAAAUAUAUAUAUUCUUGACCAUGAAGUGCGUGAUACCAGAAAUUUCCUGGCAUAAUCGUGAUCCAGUGUUGAGUGUAGAUAUUCAACCGAAAGUAUUGGAAGGUGAUAAUAAGAUUCGUUUGGCAUCUGGUGGUUUGGACACACAUGUUUUGAUUUGGUACAUUUCCGAGAAUGACGAAGGUUUGCCAAAAUUGGAACUGGCAUCUGAUUUGGCAAGACAUCAGAAAUCGGUGAUGGCUGUGCGCUGGUCACCGUCUGGACAAUAUUUGGCGUCAGCGGAUGAAGAAGCAAUUUUCAUUUGGAAAUUGAAAGGUGAAAAUGAUCCCGGUCUGUUCGAUGACAGCAGUGAAGCAAACAGAGAAACAUGGAACAUUUUCAAAACGUUGCGUGGCCAUUUGGAUGACGUUCUUGAUUUGUCUUGGUCAUUGGACUCAUUGUAUUUGGCAUCGGGAGAAGUUGGUUGCACGGCCAUGGUGUGGGAUGUGAUGAAAGGAAAAAGUAAACUCCUUUUGAACGAACACAAAAACUUUGUGCAGGGCGUCGCUUGGGAUCCAAAGGACAAGUAUUUAGCAACGAUUUCAUCAGAUCGAACAUUGCGGUUUUUUGACUCGAAAACCGGUAAAGUUCUUCGUCGCAUAAAUAAGGCAACAUAUCCAGUCGGUCCGUCAUCACCGCUGUUCAAUAAAAACAUUCGGCUCUUCCAUGACGACACACUUCCAACAUUCUAUCGACGAUUGUGCUACUCACCCGAUGGCAACUUACUGGUUGUGCCGUCUGGUUGUACGGACAUAAUUACUUCGAGUACUGAAAACAAAGAGGAAGCAGAAAAACAAAAUGAGAACAAAGAGGAUGCUUCCAAUGGAAAAGAUGAAGCGGUUGAAAAACCGGAAAAGCCCGAGAAACCCGAGAAAGCCGACAAACAAAACAAGCUGCAGAACGUAACUUACAUUUUUACUCGAUAUUCAAAAGAGCCGGCCGUUAUUAUACCAUCGAAGAAACACUUCACACUAGCGGUUCGAUUCUGUCCGACCAUAUUCAAAUUGCGGCCACACAAUGAGAACAAUCCACCGAUGAUCGAUUUACCCUACAGAAUGAUUUACGCAGUCGUUUCGAAAGAUUCCGUCUAUCUGUAUGACACACAGCAACGGAUACCGUUCGGAUCGAUUUCGGAUAUUCAUUACGCCAGGUUGACCGAUGUCACAUGGUCGAACGAUGGUCGAAUUUUGAUCGCGUCCAGUUUUGAUGGAUUUUGUACAUUGAUUUCCUUCGAAGACGGUGAACUGGGUGAGGUAUACGAGAAAUCGAUCAAUCUGGUCGAUACCGACGACAAAGAGAAUCAAACGAAGAGAAAGCGCACCAGCAAUGAUGGCAAGAAUAAAACAUCACCAAAAAUGCAAAAGUCCGACAAAACAGAAGCAUCAACACCCACGACAUCGAUCUCAACGAAAGAAAAUGCGCAAUUGAUCGUAAAGCCGAAAAUCCAAAUUCCAGAGACGAUCAUUGCUUCGGCCGAAACAUUUGAAUCGCCAGAGUAUAAGGAGAAACAAGCGACACCAAUUGCCAUACGACGUGCGCCACGUACUAAUCCAUCAACACCAUCGUCCGCCACUGCAACGCCAAAAUCAUCCGACACUGAAUCGGCAGCGCUCAGUGCAAAGAAGCCAAAAUUGAUUGCAAUUCGACGGCAACCACGUAACAUUUUGCCAUCCUCGCCAGCGGUUGUAGAGAAAUCAGCGGCCGAUCAAGACGAAGCUUUGGACGCUUGGCCAAUUCCAAUUGACACCGUAAAAACCACGGAAGAAAAAGAGUCGAAACAAAAACCCAAGAAAGACGAUGCACCAAUCGUGAUCGAAGAUGAAACCGAAGAUAUGCACUUGGUGUAUGAGGGUGAAAGUGAAUUGACGUUGAUCAAAACCGAAACGAUUAGCGAAUCAAUAACAAAGCAAACCGACACACCCGGCAAGGCGAUAACAAAUACUCCAGCUCCUGAACCAUCAUCCACAUCAUCAUCGUCCAAUGAACAAAGCAGCACUCCCGAUACGAAAAACUCGAAAACUCCGCGCCGCGUUCAAUUGCGUACAAUUUCCACACCGAAAUCAAAGAAGAAACUCAUCAAUUGAAAAGCAGAGCAUUCAUAGCGAAUCUCAAACCAGAUUCAAUGCGGACAGUCGACCAAAAUUCAAUCAACAAAACCGAAACUGAAAAUGAAUGAAGACAGAAAAAUGAAAAGAAAAAGCAAGAAAAUAAACGAAAUAACGAAGACACUUGUUGUUUUGUUUUCCGUUAAAUGAGUUUUCCUUUUUCUUUAUUUAUAGAAUGUUUAGAUGUAGAAUUUAUUCGGUAAAUAGUAUACUUUCAUUUUGUGCUUACUGCAUAUAAUCGUAAUCGAAUCAUCAUCCAAAGUAAAAUAAAAACAAAACGAAACGAAAAAAGAACAUUAUUCUCUGUUACAAUAGUUGCAGACAUUUGGCAUAUGAAUUGUAAAAUGUUUAGUUAUCUUCUUAUUUAUCAUCUGUAUUUUCUUUUCUGUUUCUUUUCCUUGUCAGUAUCAUCAUCAUCAAUAAUAAUAAUUUGUUUCGGUAAUUCCGUUAACUUAAACAAAAUAGCUGAUGCUCUCAUUUCAAGCUUGAAAUCGAUGCAUUGACGUUACAAAAAUAGUGUAAUAAUUCACAAUGAAAUCAUGUUGAUAAGUAAUGUUGGAAUUCAGGGAGAGAGAGAAAGAUGAAGAAGCAUUAACUUAAAUUAUUUUAUGGACAGGAACAGCAUUUAGUUUAGAAAGACAUUUAUAUAUUUUUUGUUCAUUUUCUUUGAAAGGAAAGCACAAAAUUUAUUGGAAGAAAAAAUGAAAAAUAAAAAAGGAUUCAACUGA